GUCUCGCAAGCCUUCGUCUGCGGGCCUUCUGCAAGAGCUGCACCUGAGGUGGAUGCGCGCGUCUUGGGUGCCACCUUCGCUGGGCUGUCUCCCCUAGCAGUCGAACAGCCUGCCAGCGCCUACGACAGCGUGGUCGCGAUGCUCCAGAGCUGGCUGGUAGGCGGCAUUGCCCUUGUCCUUAUCUACGGGGCCGCCUUGGUGGCGGCUGUGGCGAACCCGCUGACGAAGAGGCGCCUGGAGGUCAGGGAUCAGGUGGAGCGCAAGUGA